AUGGCCUCCUACGAACUUGCAUCACAGUUCACUGAAGAUGUGUUUGCCAAAGAAGAUCUCAUUUGUGAACGUUCUGCCUGUGCUGCAAAGAUUUUGAAGGGAGAUCCAUGUUUCUACAUUGCAACAAUCGUCAUUGGCCAGCGCGGGCGCUUUGUUUGUGCAACUUGUCACCGGCACUAUCAAGGCAAAGCAGCAACAUCAAUGAGGCCCACUGCUCAACGUCCGAACCCUCAGCGUCCGAACCCUCAAGGCAAUGCUCAAGUUAUCCGGCAAAAUAUCAAUGCUGCAUGGAGACCAGCGGUAGCUCAGCAGCUGCCACCACGUGUAGUGGCUACUAGUGCUGGGCCAGAUAUAGCUGUCCCUUCUAGCUGGGCUCAGCCUGGCUACUCAGUAAACCAUGCACAAUACGGUGCCGAACGAGAACGCUGGGCUAAGCAAGCAUAUGCUGUACCCCCGGUGGAGACUAUUAGCUUGGAAAUUACCGCUGUUCGGGAAGGUGGAAAUAGAAGGAAGGGCGCUCGUGGUAUACCUUUUGGAAACAUAUGUGAGGGCCGAAAAGACGUUGAUGCACGCAUUGACGCACCCGGACUCAUCACACUUUCGCUGGAUACCAUCUUGCCGAAGAUCCAAGCUUUUGCGACAGGCUUUCCAUGGCGCCAGGACCAAUUCGUCAUUCGAGAUGGCGGAUGGGUUGAUUUAUCAACCCAUCCGCCACGUCAGCCUUAUUUUUACUCCCAAUGCACGCAGGCAACUCGCAAAGGCUUGCGCACUAUGACAUUCAAGUCGAAACAAUUUUUAUUGUAUGUCGUUGUGCCCACGGCUCAAUGGGAGGACUAUGAAACGUGGCUUGAAAAAGCUGAAGAGUCUGAGCCACUCUUUCUACCUUCUGCGACAAGGAGCAUCCAUUCAAGCACGCUGGCUGUGGCUGGCACUCAGGCUGAUUUGUUGACUAUCUCAUCAGUCGAAGCACCAUCUGAAGUGGCACUGUCCAAAGCGCCAGUCAAGCGGCCGUUUCAGCGUGAGAUUGCGAGUGUCCCAUCCUCGCCUCCCCUCAAGAAAAUGGCAUCUGCCAAUGUUGGUUUCCGUUCUCCAGAUCGAGAACAGCUGCGGGAAGUUUUGCAGUCUGGUGGGACUACAGACAUAGAUGUCCGACAAAUGCUCACUGUACAGCACGAGAAUAUUGAAUUCUUCCCCAUCCCAACACGCCCGCUAUCAGUCAUUUUAGACGACCCAAAGCUUCAUGCUGCCUUCCGCACGGACACCAAAUUGAGCCACAGCGGCCGACUUACAGUUCAGACCUCGACGGACGACAUGCUUGGCGUUGGAGGCUUCAAGACGGCCCAUCCUGGGUUCUUGAUGCUUUUAUCAGCCCCCGAAAUUCCUUUAGGUUCACGCCCAUGCCAGAAGGUCACUGUCAAGCGACCAUUUUACAAGAAGUACCCUCCAGGCAGCAGCACAAACCCGAUCAAUUUUUCGAUUGGACGCUAUACGAUAAGUGAUGAGCUUCCAAAGCUGUUCAGAGAAGCCAAUGUCUUGUACUGGGCACGCUCAUUGCUCACAUUUGCAUAUGAAUACAUAGACCAUUGUGCCGGUCUCGCAUUGUCACACGAUCACACACAACCUGGCCACAAAUCAAAGUCACUGACCAUGCCGCGGGCUGGGUACCUCGUCGAAGAGUUGAUCACCGACGAUUUCAUCAAAUAUAUCCAUAAUAUGGAUUGCAACCCUAUGCUUGAUCCAUACGAGGUUGGCUAUGAAAUCGCCGAAUUUCUAGCUUGCACGCAACACAUACAGUUUGCCAAAACCGGCGGUCUCGCUUUCAUUUCCGAUUACCAAGGUGGAUUGGAGAUUUUGUCUGACCCUCAAGUUCUUACACAUCCCCUGGUCAACAAAGGGAAGGAUGAUAUCUUCGGGGAUGGCAACAUCGAACGUGCAGUUAGCACAUUCGAGAAGGAGCACAAUUGCAACAAGUUUUGUAAAUGGAGUGGCUUUAAGUUGAAAAUUUACGAAAAGUUGGAAAUUGACGAAGCAGAGACGGAGACAGAUUAAUCUUGGGACUUGUAGAUUUCU